AUGACUACCCUGCCUACUGCUACCCGCAUCGCCGUGGCACUUGGUCUGACCGGAUCUGCUUGGUGCUCUGGAGCAAUAAUGUCCUGCUCAUUCAUUGCUGUUUCCGCACUAUUGGAUCCCAGCAUUCCCUCUGCUGCGACUGGUCACACAUCUAUCAUCUGGCAAAAUGUGUAUAAACGAGGAAAAGAAAGCAUCCCUUUCGUCGCUAUGUCUACCUCUGCAGCCUUCGUCUAUGCUGCCUGCACCGUUCCCAAUCCUCUUUCCUUGGAGUCGAUUCAACGUGCAAAAAAUCUUCUCUUAUUUGGUGGACUUUUCACAGUUGGGAUCAUCCCAUUCACAUUGAUGGUGAUGAAAUCUACGAACGAUGCGCUACAUGCAAAGGCCGCGGCAGUACAACGAAGAAGUAAGGAAGGAUCGGUGACUCUGUUGGACGAUGGGACGAAGGAGUUGGCGCGGACAUGGAAUAUCUUGAACUUCAUAAGAGGACUCUUCCCACUAGCAGGAGCCUUCACGGGAAUUUGUGCUAUCUUAUUCUGA